ACUUAUAAAGUAAAGAAACAUUUUGCAAAGCCUCACAGUACUAGGAGGAAGAGCUACAUACUGCCGCAAUGGGCAUCCAGAUCUACUACACCAGUGUCACAGCAUCCAAAGAGACAAAGCAACACCAGCAAGAGAUGCUACUGAUUCUGGACUCUCAGAAAAUCCCAUUUGAGCUCCUUGAUCUGGCUAUCAAUGAGAACUAUAAGGCAGAAAUGAGGGAGAAAACCAAGAACCCAACCGCCUGCCCACCACAGAUAUUUAAUGGAAAAGACCACUGUGGGGAUUAUGCUGGAUUUUUUGAAGCAGUGGAAAAUAAAAAGUUAAAAGAAUUCCUAAAGCUGAAAUGAUUAUAUUCAUUUCAUCUUAUACAGUGGAUGAAACUGAACAGAAGGAAGCCUUUUAAUAUCUUUUGACUGUCUCCUGAAUACAUUGCUUUAAUUGUAAACUCCAUACAGUGUUAAAUAUGUUGUCUAAAUUAAGUGCAAACACCACAGCCUAAUGUUUUAAAACUGCUUUGUAAAAAAAAAAAGUAAUCUUUUUCAGUUUAAAAUAGUUCUGGUGCUCUGGCUUUACAACAGCUAUUUAACAACAGAGAACACUAAUUGUUUCCAGUAAAGAUAUACUACAAAUUUUAAAGUGUAUGAAAUGUGACAUGAUCAAUCUGACAAGGCUUCAGAAACUGACAUAAAGAAAGAGUAAGAUGUAAACUAUUACAUGAAUGUCAUUUCAGUAUUGUAUCCAUUGAGUGAAACUUUAAUACAUUUUAAUGGAUUUUGCUCUUCAAUAAAAUGGCAUUAAGGUAUAGCUGUUAUAGUUUAACGGUGUACUAAGGUGCAUUGCAUAAAGAAUUUUUAUUCUAGAUUUAUACCAAGUAUUAAUGUAAAAAGCUUCAGCUGGCAUUUGUAAUGGCUGAGCCAGAUCACAGUAAUAUGAAAAAUUAAGCACUACUUUCAUCCAUCAAGUGUGGGACACAUUCAGCAUGGUGAAAUGAGUUUUAGUAUUCUGACUGUAUGAAUAAAUGCAUUGCAUUACAGGUUGUGGUUUUGUGUAUUAAUAAAAUGAAGCUGUAGUGGAUUAAUAAAAUAAUAUUUUUAUUAGA